AUGGCGCCCUUUUCGGUGCUCCCAAGCAACCCCUUCGCCGCCGCGGCGGGCGCCCCCUUUACCGACGCGGACGCCGCCGGCGACGCCGCCGCCGACGGCGACGCAGAGAGCAGCGCCAGCGAGGACUGGUGGUGCGGCGACCCCUCGGGCGUCUUGGUGCGGGAGGUGAUGUCACCGCCCCCGCCGCGCGUCGCGCCCGAUGCGGACGCGUCGGCCGUCCGCGCGCUGCUGACGCGCGGCCGCGCGCCGCUGCUGCUCGUCGAUCUUGGGCCCGACGUGCCGCCGGGCGUGAUAGAGGAGCGGGACCUGUUUAAAAUUCCCGCGAUCAAGCGGCGGCUGAGCGGCGGUCAGGCGGGCGGUGCCGGAGGCGGCGGCGGCAACGGGGCGCCCCGGCGCCCGCGGGUGACGGCGGGCGACAUCAUGCGGCCGGCCGCGGUGGUCGUGGACGCGGGGGACGAGGUGGAGGCGGCGGCGAUGGCGCUGCAGUCCGCGGACUGCCGGCGCGCGGUGGUGCGGGACGGCGGCGCGGCGCGGGGCGGCGGGGAGGAGUGGGUGGGGACGAUAACGGACGUCGCGAUUUACAGGUGCAUGGGGUUCCCGGAUGACAUCAGCGACGACGACGCCAGCCGCGGCAGCUGCGGGGAAGCUUCCCGCGCCCCGUCGUCCGCCGCCGGCGCCGGCGCGGCGGGCGGCAGCAUCAUCAGCGGCGGGAGCGGCGACGGCGGCGGCAGCGGCGGCAGCGGCGUGGCGCGCAGUGGGACGAGCACGGCGUCUUCUGAUUCCCUUUGGGGCGACGCGCCUGACGCCCUCGCGCGCUGCAAGACGGCGGCGGCGCUGUGGGAGCUGGACCAUCACGAGAUCCAGAUUGUCAGGAAGAUUGGGGAGGGCAGCUUUGGGGAGGUGCUGCUGGCCAGCUUCCGCGGCACCAAGGUCGCCGUGAAGCGCCUGCAUGCCCUCGACCGCGAAGCCGCCCCCACCUCCUCAGCCGCGGCCGCGGCCGGCGGCGCCGCCAGCCGCGCCGCCUUCCAGCAGUUCUUCGACCGCGAAAUCGCAAUCCUGGCCUCCAUCCGCCACCCCAACGUGGUCAACUUCAUCGGCGCCUGCCACCGCGCCCCCGCCCCCUGCCUGGUCACCGAGUACUGCGCGCGCGGCCCGCUCGACGCGCUGCUGCACGGGCCGGGGGGCGCGGGGCUCUCGCUGGCGCGGCGCGUGGAGUUCGCGAUCGACUGA